UCUUCCCCGUCCAGCCCCGUUUCCGGCGGAAGCGGCCUCAACAAGGGAAACUUUAUUGUUCCCGUUGGGGCUGCGAGGAUGUCGGUGAAUUAUGCGGCGGGGCUGUCGCCGUAUGCGGACAAGGGCAAGUGCGGCCUCCCCGAGAUCUUCGACCCCCCAGAGGAGUUGGCGUGGAAGGUGCGGGAGCUGGCGAGGCUGGUCUGGGAGUCCUCCAACGUGGUGUUCCACACGGGCGCCGGCAUCAGCACCGCCUCGGGCAUCCCCGACUUCAGGGGCCCCUACGGAGUGUGGACCAUGGAGGAGCGGGGCCUGGCCCCCAAGUUCGACACCACGUUCGAGAGCGCGCGGCCCACGCGGACCCACAUGGCGCUGGUGCAGCUGGAGCGCGUGGGCCUCCUCCGCUUCCUCGUCAGCCAGAACGUGGACGGGCUGCACGUGCGCUCGGGCUUCCCCAGGGACAAGCUGGCGGAGCUGCACGGCAACAUGUUUGUAGAGGAGUGUGUCAAGUGCAAGACGCAGUACGUCCGGGACACGGUCGUGGGCACCAUGGGCCUCAAGGCCACCGGCCGGCUCUGCUCCGUGGCCAAGGCCAGGGGGCUGCGGGCCUGCAGGGGCGAGCUGCGAGACACCAUCCUGGACUGGGAGGACUCGCUGCCGGACCGCGACCUGGCUCUCGCCGACGAGGCCAGCAGGACCGCCGACCUGUCCGUCACCCUCGGCACCUCCCUGCAAAUCCGGCCCAGCGGGAACCUGCCGCUCGCCACCAAGCGCCGCGGAGGCCGGCUGGUCAUCGUCAACCUCCAGCCCACCAAGCACGACCGCCACGCCGACCUGCGCAUCCACGGCUACGUGGAUGACGUCAUGACGCAGCUCAUGGAGCACCUGGGGCUGGAGGUCCCCGCCUGGGCCGGCCCCCGCGUCCUGGAGAGGGCGCUGCCGCCCCUGCCGCGCCCGCCCAAGCCGGAGCCGGCGCCCAAGCCCGAGCCCAAGGAGGAGCCGCCCGCCAGGCUGAACGGCGCGGCCCCCGCCCACCCCAAGCGGGAGGAGCCCCCAGCCGAGCCCUGCGCCCAGCACCACGGCUCCCAGCCCGCCAGCCCCAAGCGGGAGCGGCGGGACAGCCCUGCCCCACGUCCCACCCCCAAAAGGCUCAGGGCGGAGGCGGCUCCCAGCUGACCAGGGCGCUGGGGCGGCGGCGCUUUGUGUACAAACCGCGGGCUCUCUUUUCCUUAUGGGCUCACUGUGUGACUCCUAUCUGUCCCCGGGGACCUCAGGGCACGAGGGCCAGGCCCUCCGCUCGUCUCCCGUGGCGCUGGGGACUCUGGUGGGGGCCUGGGAACGUGCCGCACGCCAGAGCUACCUCCGCCACGCCCAGCCUCUGACUCAGGUGUUCCGGGAGGCCGGCCUCACCCUCCCUGGUCUCCAGCCCACACAGCCACGAGCCCCUCUGUCCCCUCACACCCCCACCGGGCCGGCGCUGGGGCCAUCCCCAAAGCCACCCUCACGUCCCGGGACCCCGGGAGGGCGCCACACCUCCACGAGGGACACACGGGACAUGCUGGCACUGCCUUUGGGCUGCAGGGAGGAGAGGUGGGUCCACCCGGCCUCCAGAAAAGUCUCCAAUGCAAUAAAAGCAGAACUUCUUGCA